UUGCAAGUGGAAUCUCAAAGAAAAAUCAAAUUAGGCUGUAGCUUUUAAUGUUUUUUUUAUUUGUUACUCAUGAUAAUUUGGCUGCACAUCAUGUUUGAGGAGUCAUUUGAAGCAGUUCAACUCCUCCUCGCCAGUGUGAUCAGGUCCGCCUCUUGUCAGCGCUGCUCCAGCUGCAGAUGCCGGCUGCUCUCUCACACAGUGCACAGUUUCUCUGCACUCUAAAUUAGCCUGCCUUCACUGUGACAAUGAACAAGAUGACAUCGCGCCAUAAAGCUUAGCCUCGCUAUCCGAUGCCUCUUCUGGAUACACCUCUCUGAUUCUGGAGCCAGAAGCAGGCUAUGACAUUUUCUUGGCAGCUAAAUUAAUUUGUGACAGGCUGUGCCUGCUUGUAUUAUUGCAACAUUAUUUUUCUUCUCGGCGCUCUGUGAGCCUCACAACAUGUAUAAGUUAUGCAUUGUCCUCGCAAUGUGCUGUGCGUUUUUACCACGGGGCUUUGCAGCGCCAAAGACCUGGGUAGCAGAUCCCAGGUCAGAAUUUGAGAGCGAGGCAGAAGAAAGUGACAGGCUGCAGGAGGAGAUAGAUGGCCAGGAGAGCAUCCUCUCUAAGCUGCUGGGUGAUUAUGACAAAGUGAAAGCCCUCUCGGAAGGCUCUGACUGUCGGUGUAAAUGUGUUGUCAGACCCCUGAGCAGGAGCGCCUGCCGGCGGAUAGAAGAAGGGAGCGCCACCGCGCAGGACUUCUACACUGUGGAGACUAUCACAUCUGGACCAGAGUGCAAGUGCGCCUGCAUCGCUCCUCCGUCAGCGGUCAACCCGUGUGAGGGAGAGUUCAGGCUGAAAAAACUUAGAGAAGCUGGAAAAGAGAAUGUCAAGCUCUCCACCAUCCUGGAGCUGCUGGAGGGCUCCUUCUAUGGCAUGGAUCUACUGAAGCUGCACUCCGUUACCAAUAAGCUGCUGGAUCGCAUGGAUAACAUUGAAAAGGCAGUGUCUCUGAACCACACCAAGGAUGAGGUGAGGCCCCAGGAGAGCCCUCCGAUCCAGGUGGAUGCGACUGAAAGCCCACCCACCUCUCCUCCAUCCCGACAUGAGGACCAGAAGAGACUCAACGGGGCUGCGGUGUAUCAAGACCCACAUGAAAAGUAUGAGGAGCGGUUUAUUGGGGAAAAUCCAUCCUUCCUACCGACAGAUGGUUCUGCUCAGAUCAUUGAGGUCAAACCUCAGGUGACUCUCAAAAACGUGGUCAACAAGGAGGCCUCUCAGGUGUCGAAGACCGGUCCCAAAGGAUUGAUCAUCAGAGGAAUGACUUUUUAUAAAUCUGAGCCAGAUCCGAUGGUGGCCGAUGACGGAGAGCCUGGAGAGAACUUUUUUGAGUAUCAUGGAUUCAGUGGUGAUGGCCCAGUUAACCUCUUCAUUGAGGAGAAUCUUCUACAACACAGAGCCCCUCGCCCCAGGGUGAGAGCAGGACCGAGAUCAUUUCGACCAAAGACGACUUUUUACAGCUCCAUGAAGACCAGCCAAUCAACAGAAAGGAAAGAAGCUGAGCCCGCCUCAGAGACGCAUAAUGAGUUCAUCAGUGCUGUUGGAACCACAUCAGUGGAUGUGUCUACAGAUGUACAGGGCGAUGCAUCCACAACGAGAAGCGUCACAUUUGGACCAUCCUCUACCACACAAAAAAACAUCACAGACACCCCACCUCAGACUACUCAAAGAGUCUCUGCUGUGACGACUCAGCGGCCGACCCCUUUCACAAUGACUGAACCAGUGGACACUUCUGUAAGCAUCACAACCAAAACUUCAAUGAACACGACCCAACUGUCCAAAAAUACAACCACAAAAGACGUCCCACCAGCAUUCACAACAGGAACUACACCAACCACCAUGAUGGAAACCUCUACCCAGGAGGUGAACGCCCAAAUGCAAACCAUACCUAGCACCGCAGCACAUUCAAGCACACAUGCACCAAACCCAACCACAGAGGCUUUAACUACCAGCCCGACUUCCACUAUGACCGUCACGACUCAUGCUGCUGUGACCUCAGCACCAGUACAGCCGACAACAGCUUCCACACCAGUUACCUCCACGCAGGCUGCUACCACAACACCAGCAGAAGAAACCACGUACACUUCAGGCUCGACUUUACCUCCUACCACACAGAGAGUGACCACUUUGUCUCCCCACACUUCUCCGCCUUUCACCACACCUGUGACUACCUCUUCUUCAGCUGCCACCACCACCACAACAACCACUACCACCACCACUACAACCACGACUACCAGGCCAGCUACUCGAAUCAAAAAGAAAUACAAAAUCGUCUGGGAGGAGGAAGAGGGGGAGGAGGGAGACCCAGAGUUAGACGAGCCAAUGCAGAGGCAGGAGGAAUUUCCCCCAAAAAAACCUGGAGAGUGUAAGGACACUUUGGCAACAAUCUCAGAGCCCAUAACUCACAACACCUAUGGCAAGAACGAGGGAGCGUGGAUGAAGGAUCCAACGUCUGAUAAUGACAAAAUUUAUGUCACUAACUCCUACUACGGAAAUAACCUCCUAGAGUUCCGCAACCUGGAGGUUUUCAAACAAGGCCGGUUCACCAACUCAUACAAGCUUCCAUACAACUGGAUCGGCACAGGCCAUGUGGUGUACGAUGGGGCUUUCUUCUACAACCGCGCCCUCUCCCGGGACAUCAUCAAGUUUGACCUGCGUCGGCGUUACGUGGCAGCCUGGACCAUGCUGCAUGAUGCUCUGCUUGAAGAGUCAUCGUCACUGUGGGAGUGGCGCAGACACUCAGAGGUCGACUUUGCCGUGGACGAGAACGGCCUGUGGAUCAUCUACCCGGCACUGGACGAUGAGGGCUUCUUACAGGAAGUGGUUGUUCUGAGUCGACUGAACCCUUCAGACCUCAGCAUGCAGAGGGAGACCACCUGGAGAACCGGGCUCAGGAGGAACCACUAUGGGAACUGCUUCGUUGUGUGCGGCGUCCUGUACGCUGUUGACAGCUAUAACAAAAGGGACGCUAACCUGGAAUAUGCCUUUGACACACACACAAACACUCAGAUGAUUCCCAGGAUGCCUUUCACCAACAACUACACCUACACCACGCAGAUUGACUACAAUCCCAAAGAGGGGAUUUUGUACGCGUGGGACAACGGACACCAAGUCACAUACAACAUUAAGUUUGCCUAUGUAGACCCUUAGUAAGGGUUUGAUAGUAGUUAUUUUAAAAAGUUAAAUCUAUGGUUUGAAUGGAUUGUAGAUCAGUCCACAUGGCCUUCAGUGUGGAGACAAAUGGGGGCCAAAUGUACAAAUAUACUAAAUGUAUUGUGACUAAAUUGUUUGGUUCUUAUCAAGAAUUUUUUAAUUUUUAUAAAAGAAAUAAUGAGCCUGAUUCCUCAGUCAACACAUCAAGUUGUACUGUAUAUAUUGCAAUACUGAAGGAAAAAAGAAAAAGAAAAAGAAACCCUAUGAGAUAAAUGAAUGUAGAUGGGUGUCAGAACCGGUUCAUAUCUUGGGUACAAUAAUACGGAAGCACAUUGCAUUCAUGAAUAAAUGAAAAAACGGACACCUUAUCUCAUAAUUACAAGAUAAGAUCUUGUUAUUACGAGAUCCUGAUGUACUACGAUAAGGCCUAACCUUAACGUUAGCUGAUUUGUACGGAUAUAAUGCUUUUAAUCUGAAAAACGUUGACCAGAAGUACCGUCCUUGUGUUUCUUGGUGGACUCACUUUACAAAUCAGCUAACGUUAACGUUAUUACAGUAUCAGCGAAAGGCCUUAUUGUAGUACGACACCAGGAUCUCAUAAUUACGAGAUCUUACGUCGUAAGUACGAGAUUUUGUGUUGUAAUUGCGGGUUCCUAUCUCGCAAUUACGAGAUCCUGAUGUCAUAACUACGAGAUCUUAUUUUGUAAUUACGAGAUUCUGAUGUCAUAACUACGAGACGUAAUCUCUUAAUUACGAGAUCCUGAUGUCAUAACUACGAGACGUAAUCUCUUAAUUACGAGAUCCUGAUGUCAUAACUAUGAGAUCUUAUCUUGUAAUUACGAGAUCCUGAUGUCAUAACUACGAGAUCUUAUCUUGUAAUUACGAGAUCCUGAUGUCAUAACUACGAGAUCUUAUAACGGUAUCCUGAUGUCAUAACUACGAGAUCUUAUCUCUUAAUUACGAGAUCCUGAUGUCAUAACUAGGAGAUCUUAUCUCUUAAUUACGAGAUCCUGAUGUCAUAACUACGAGAUCUUAUCUUGUAAUUAUGAGAUCCUGAUGUCAUAACUACGAGAUCUUAUCUCUUAAUUACGAGAUCCUGAUGUCAUAACUACGAGAUCUUAUCUUGUAAUUACGAGAUAAUGUGUCGAUUUUUGGAUUUAUUCAGUGAAUGCAAUGCGCUUCCAUACAAUAACACUACAAAAAGAACCAAUCCAUUGAAGCAUACUCUUUCAACCAAUCCCCCAAUUAUUUUUCUGUUUUAUACACAUUAUUUUGUAUUACAUAUUUUUUUUGCAGGUCGUCUGCGUGGUAAUAUCACAGGUGUAGCUGUUGACCUCUGUCUUGUGAAAGCACUUACUCCCUCCAUAUCAGACUGUUUUGAGGAGACUGCAAUAAAGUUUGGAAAUACUAACAGAAAAUGUCUUCUUUGUUUGGCUUUUCACAGUUAAAGUCAAAAUGGUUUUAAUUAUAGCUUUUGAGUUUUGGUUUCAACUGGCAGAUUGUGAGGAUUGAAGACAACAAAACCAUAAAUACAAACAUACAGACGAUGAUUGUUGAAGCCUGUAAUUUACUGCUCCUGGGUGUAAAUUGAGUUAUUGUGCAAGAAAAUACAUGAACAGACUAUUGUACCUGUUGAAGAAAGAAAUAUAACAAUGCAGUUAUACAAUUCCCCCCAACGGCUUAAAGGAUACACACAAAAGGUAUAGUUAAAGAAAAUCCAGUGUUUAUUUUUGUGUAUGCACAUAACAAAAUACAAAAAAAAAACAACCUCACAAGCUUUAAAUUGUACUCUUGUUUUGUCCCUAAGAUCCGUUGUUUCACAGCAAAAACACUGCGGUGAAUCAAACAUUUUUUUUAAAAACCAGAAUGAAAAAAAAACUACACACACAGGCGGCCUGGCUAAAGAAAACACGAGCGAAGGGCAUGUUUUUGAAACACUUUAUGGGCAUCUGUUGAGCUAAAACAUAACCAUCUGUACAAUCAUGGAGCCAAAAGAAAUGCACUUUCAGACAGUGAAGUAAAGUAUGUUUCAUCAACAUAUACAAAAAAGUACUAAUUCUGAUGAUGUAUAAUUUCCUGUUUAAUUUCAAAUUUUAAGGUAGUCAGAACAAGGUUACAGGUUAUUAAUUUGAGGCAUUUAAAGCCAGAUCUGAUCUUCCCAGGUUCUGCAAUUAAAGUGCAAAUCUUUACAUCAAAUUAGUACUAAAGACUUGGAUAAUGCAACUCCAUUACACAUUUUUUUAAAAAGAAAGACUUCCUGGUGAUUUGCAAUUUCAGUAUAGGCCUAAGUGCACCAAAAAAAGUGCAAUACAGCCCGUGGACGGAGGAGUCAGGACUUUUUCACCAGUGCUUACAAGUCAUUGGCUGUUUUAGCUCAAGUGUUAAGGCAGGGGUUUCAGACUUAAAGAUAAAAUAUCACAAUGUCCACCCAGUAAAAACUCACCUAGUUCUAAUGUGUAUGCUAUGUGUCCUUCCACUCUACCAUUUAUAAUUUUAUAUACAAUGUCAUUUAGUUUUAUGCAGUCAAUUACAAAAAAAAAAGUUCCCACAAAGCAUAAUCAGAGGAAUAGAUAUAAAAUCAAUAUAUCUUGACAGAAUAAAUUUUGACCACAGGAGUUGGUACUACCAUAACAUAAUAAUAGAAAUAAAUAUGUAUACUAUCUGAAUCUGUUCAUCAAUAUAAGACAAGCACAGUGCAAAGACCCCAAAAA